GACGACCUGAAAUCAUUACACCGACCAGCACUCCAUCUCUUGGGACUUGUGGUCAGACCGAGUGCGACACUCACGGCUGACCAUGGCGAAGAAAAAGGAGGUUGCCAAACCAAGCAACCUCAGCGAAGAGGUGGUUCAUGAUUCGAGUGAUGAGGACGAGCCCCAGGUCGCGGAAGUAGAGUCUGAAUCAGAAUCAGAAUCUACAACACCGACAUCAAAUGCCGAAGAUGACUCGGAGUCAUCAGAUGAUAGUGGACGAGACGACUCGGAAUCUGAGUCAUCAACCAGCUCCGUCCCAAGCAAGAAAAGACACUCGGAGAGCAUUUCAGAAACUCCCUUGAAAAGAGCAAAGAAGACGACAUCCUCGGCAGUCCGAAUAGCUCCUAAGCCGUUCAAAGCACCGACAGGCUACGAAUCAGUCACACUAUCAACAUCGGAUUAUGCCUCGGCUUCAGCCGCUCUCUUCGACGACUUGGCCGGCAAGCAGAUCUGGCAUAUUUCAGUGCCUGACUCUGUGUCCAUCGAAUCUAUCGAAAAACUCGAUAUUCAGGCCGCACUAAGGGGAGAAAAGAUCCACAGCAAAGAUGGCGUUGAUUACAACAUGCAGAACAUAGCCUCCAAUAACGAAACGGUUCUUCUUCCCGAGGGCCCCAAGUCAACCUACAAGCAGGCAGCGAGGAUCGAAAGAAGUUUUCGAAUGCAAGAGAUGACUACCAAACCUGAUGUGCAGGACGAUGAUGCGACACAGACGCCGCUCGUGUUCACGGCCACACAAACUGGCAAACCCAAAGUGGUCCGAGAACAGCCCCAAGGCUUGAAAAUGCGCUAUUUUCCAUACGGGGCUCCGCCAGCAAAGGAGGAGCUUGAAGACGUCGAAAUGACCGACACGUUUCAGGUCCCUGAGGGUGUACCGGAACCAUCACCGAAGAAAAAGUCCAAAAAGUCCAAACACGCGUCUCAAGGGUCGAUGACCGGCGAGCGUCCUCAAAAGUCUAAGGAGGCGACUGGCGAGGUUCCAACAGAAAAGAAGAAGAAGAAAAAGCCCAAGUUGGUGGAUGAAGAUGUCUUGUAGAAGACUUGCUGAACGAUAAGCAUCUGCUUCUGUUGAAGUGUUUUACCGUAGCGUAUGAUGGCCAUGAGCGUCACGUGGAGCAACUACUAGUCAC